AUGAUCGUGAUAACUACUGUUCUCUUUGGUCUCUUCAUUGCACAGGCAAUAGCCGGCGUGUUUUCAGCCAAGAUUGCUUCCGACAGAGCUGGCCUGUCUUCGUCGCAGCAUUGUGGCAUUUGGCAAUUCAAUGAAAAUGCUGGUGGAGAGCCCGCAGAUCGGGAUGAUUUAAACAAUUAUCAGAAGGAAGCACGAGCAAGCCAGUACGCUCGGACCUGCUACAACUCCCCGGAUCCUACAGACCCAUUGUCUUGUAAGGUGUUCUACAACCAGAGUAUUGCAUACUCUACCAAGACCUAUCAGCCGUGUCCGUUCGCGUCAUCUGAGCUCUGUCACGAUGGACUCUACUCUGCCAUCUCCUUCGAUACUGGCUAUAUUGACGCCAGUGUCAUCGGUAUCAACUCUCCAACGACUCAUAAAUUUCGUCGAACAACAAGCUGCUCCCCACUGAACAUGUCGGAACCGUACGUCCUGCGAUCUUCUCCAGGCACCAAUGGCACAGCCUAUCACUAUUAUUAUGGCCCUAAGGACUAUACGAGUUACACGUUCAAUACAUCUGGCCGACCAUUUGAAUGGCUUGUGCCGGUGUACUCGGUAAGCACUUAUUUCUCUUCGCUCUACCCGGAAAUCGAUUAUUGGCACCCAAUACCAGAGCUCCAGACACCAGCCAACAGCACGCUCACAAUCAUUUUCGUGUCUUCGAUGCACAUUUACCAUGUCAAGCCGAGCUUUGAUCCUAUAUUUCCCGCCAACGAACCACGCUAUUUUGAGGGUUUCCGUAAACCUUACUAUUACAACGCCGACCCUCGAGCCCGAGCUCUGGCUUGCGUGGACACAAGUGAGCUGUGCUCUCCCGAUGGUACCACCUGUUGGUCUAUGACUUCGCCUCUGCCGCCGGAUAUCCAGUCCUCUCCAGAAUAUUGGUUGAUGAAAUGGUCCUUGGCGAACUCGAAUACCUUCGAUUCGAUCAAGUGGCGCUUGGGUACCGCACUUCUCGCCCAGGAAAGCGUCAGUCAGUCCGUAUCAAUUCCUUUGAGCCCUUAUCAAUGGCAGCUCGAAGCAAGCCAGCUAUUUGCCACUUCUCUUGCCCGAAUCCAGUACGACGCUUGGAAAAUCGCCACUGGCGAAGACCGCGAGCGACCUGGAUACGUCGAAGUGACCCCUGAAGAAGCCAGAGGUCGUCUUUGCAGGUUGUACAAGUUCAAAAGUUCCGACUAUACUAACAUCAACUUGGCUGCGUUUGUCGGACUCCCGUUGCUGGCGAUCACCAUUUUCGUUUUGAGCUGGGAUGCGAGUGUCGUUGGAUUGGGCUCCAGAAAAGAUGAGAGCACCGCCUCGGAGCCUCUUAUCAUUGACGUUAUUGUUAGAUUCGUCUGUGAUAUCUUGCUCGUUUUCACCGUGGGCAUAUACACCGGUAUCAUUACUCUCUUUCGAAAAUUGGGCCGUUGCAUCAGAGAUCGAAGACCUAAUUCGAAUCUGUCUUGA